AGACCCACUUAUCAUCUCAGUUUCCAUUUCUCUUUUCAACAACAAAGGUGUUUUCCUCUCUCUCUCUUUCUCUCUCCAAACCUUCUUUCUUAUUUUCAUGAAAUUUCCUUCAUGGGUUUUUCUUCUAUUAUCAUAUUCAAAAGGACAAAUAUCAUAUAUUGGGUUGAUUGGAUUCUAGCCUAUCUUGGAUAAGAGAGAGAAAAAAUGCCACCAUUCUCUCUCCUUUCUAAUCUUUCUGUGGUGGGGACUGACCUUCCCUGCUUCAAUCCAUCAUUGCUUGUUUCUAAUAGACAGAAACCCAAAUAUCAAAUAAGUAAUGUCCCAUCUUUUGAGAAAUACAUACAUCUCUCUGCUUCUUUUUCUCUCUCCUGCAACAAUCCGCACUCCAUCUAUUUGUUGGGUUGUCCUUGUCAUUGCAAAUCCUCAUCUGGGUCUCGAAGCAAUAGCAAAAUCAUAUCACAGAUUGAUAGAAACGGUGAAAAGAACAAUGCCCAAGUGAGAAAAUUUAAAGAAAAUGGACGUCUAAGAAUGCGGUUUUCAUUAAGAUUGCGCCCGAGGCUGCGGUUGUUGUCGGUUAGAUUCAGAAGGGUGUCGAUGAAAUUCAGAAACGCAUCGUUUAGAGGAAUUUUGGAAUCAAUUGGAGUGUUUUUACGUAAGAAUUUGAGAAAAGUGACAGUUUCAACAUCGGUUUCAGUCGGUCUGGGCCUCUUCUACUUGAUUUUGAAGCUGACAGCUGUGCCUUCUCCAAAGGUGGUGCCUUAUUCAGACUUGAUAAUGAGUCUUCAAGGCGGGCAUGUAUCGAGGGUGCUGUUUGAAGAGGGCUCUCGUCGGAUAUUCUACAAUAUAGGAUUGCAGAAUCCUGAUAAUUCUCACCCAUUGGAUGAUAAUUCAUCUACACCUGGCACUAGUUCUAGUCUUGUAUUGUCAAAGGCUCGAGCUUCUACCCCAGAGUGGCAUUACUCGACGAGAAAGAUAGACCAUGAUGAGAACUUUCUUCUUAGUUUAAUGAGAGAGAAAGGGACAACAUACAGCUCGGCCCCGCAGUCAGCACUUGGGUCCAUGAGGAGUGUUUUGUUUACGGUGUUGUCGCUAUGGAUUCCCUUAACUCCUUUGAUGUGGUUGCUGUAUCGACAGCUUUCAGCUUCCAAUAGCCCUGCAAAGAAGCGGCGGCCUACCAAUCAGACGGUUUGCUUUGAUGAUGUUGAGGGUGUGGGUGCUGCCAAGGCGGAGCUUAUGGAGAUUGUUUCGUGCUUACGGGGAGCUAUCAACUACAGUAAAUUGGGAGCAAAGCUACCCAGAGGUGUAUUGUUGGUGGGCCCCCCAGGAACAGGGAAAACAUUACUAGCACGUGCAGUGGCUGGAGAAGCAGGAGUGCCAUUUUUCACAGUUUCUGCCAGUGAGUUUGUAGAAUUGUUUGUUGGAAGAGGAGCAGCACGAAUCAGAGACCUUUUUAGUGUCGCAAGGAAAUCUGCACCGUCAAUCAUCUUCAUCGAUGAGCUUGAUGCUGUGGGAGGAAAGCGUGGUAGAAGUUUCAAUGAUGAACGAGAUCAAACAUUAAACCAGUUGCUGACAGAAAUGGAUGGAUUUGAGUCAGACAUGAAGGUAGUUGUUAUUGCAGCAACAAAUCGACCCGAAGCAUUAGAUCCAGCUCUCUGCCGGCCCGGCCGCUUCUCUAGGAAGGUGUUUGUAGGAGAACCAGAUGCAGAUGGAAGGAAAAAGAUUUUGGCUAUACAUUUUAGGGGAGUUCCAUUAGAAGAGGACCCACAACUUAUUUGCAAUUUGGUUGCAUCUCUCACCCCAGGCUUUGUAGGUGCUGAUCUAGCAAACGUCGUCAAUGAAGCUGCUUUGCUCGCUGCUCGCAGAGGUGGUGAGAAGGUAAAUCGGGAAGAUGUUAUGGUGGCAAUAGAAAGAGCGAAGUUCGGGAUCAAUGAUAAGCAAUUGACUCCAAGUACUAUCGGCAAGGAGCUUGGAAGACUGUUUUCUUGGAUGCCAUCUUCCGUCAGAAGUAACGACCCAAGAGCAGAUGGCUUGCAAGGCUACCAGACAUUGAGCUGAUGUUGCUACUGUCCAUGAGGAAACCAACAGAUGGUUGUGAUUAUGUAGGGUUCUUGGAACUUGCGGUUUUUGGAGGUUGAAGACAGUUCUAUUGCAAAUGCAAAUUGCUAAUGUCAGAUUAUUGAGAUGGCAGGAAAGUGGUAUAAGCAUAACCAUCCUCUCCGUCCAAUGCGAGACAUACAUCGCCCAGCGGCUCAGAUCUUCGGACCUAAUGGUGCAUUGCAUGUAUGCGUAGGUAUCUUCCAAUACAUAGCAAGAUGUAUUUUUCCAGAAUCCAUCAACGGAUAUCAAGAUUUCAAGAAACAGGU